CACCGCCCCCGAGCAACAGCCUGUACUUGAUCCAGUGUGUAAGACAGCAGCAGCUAUUAAAGCUCAGAGGACCAAGGGGCACCGGUCAACAAAAAACUCUCCAAACACAAUUACAGAGGGCGGACGGGACAAAAACAACCUCUUUGAAUUAUUAAACGUUGAGACGUCCUCACCACAAUGCACUGGCUGAAAAGUCUGAGAACAGCUAACCCGGGAAUCUUGCAGCUGUUUAAAAAUGCAGGGAUCUCCGCCAGAGCCGGAGCUGACAACAUUGUUCUGUCCCGGACGCAGCAACCUGUUCCUCUCCCCUGCUGGGUCGCAGCAUCACCCCACACCCACAGAGCCUUUCAUCAGCAGAAGGGCCCUGAUGUGGAUCAAGGACACUCCAACAGAAGUAGGUUGAUGUCCAGCAUGGAGGACCUGCUGUUCUACACCAUCACUGAAGGCAAAGAGAUGAUCCCCCUCCCCCAGUUUAUCUCUGCUUUGAGAAAAACUGGUCUGUUGACCUCCGACCCUCGGCUGCGUGACUGCGUCAAACAGAUGCGACAGCACUCACGUGACUCCCUCGGUCCCGUCAUGAUGGACAAGAAGCUCUUCAGAAGGUUUGUGGUGAACAACAUCAUGCUGCUCACUAAGGCCUUCAAAAAGAAGUUCAUCAUCCCCAACUUUCAAGAGUUCACCCAGGAGAUUAACAAGCUUUACGACAGCGCUCAGCGGCAGGAGGGAGGACAAGUAGCUGAUUACAUUCCUCAGCUGGCUAAGUUCAGCGCUGAUCUCUGGGGUGUGGCCCUGUGCACCAUCGACGGUCAGAGACACUCGGUGGGUGACACCAAGGUUCCCUUCUGUCUGCAGUCCUGUGUGAAGCCCCUGGAGUACGCCAUCGCUGUGCACGAGCUCGGGAGUGACCACGUUCACCAGUAUGUCGGCAAAGAGCCCAGUGGAUUCAAGUUCAACAAACUGUCACUAAAUGAUGAAGAUAAACCACACAACCCGAUGGUGAAUGCUGGAGCUAUCGUCAUCAGCUCUUUAAUGAAGCCUAAUUCAAAUAAAGCCGAGAGGUUCGACCAUGUGAUGGACUUCUUGAAAAGCAUGGCCGGCACAGAGUAUGUGGGCUUCAGCAAUGCAACUUUCCAGUCUGAGAGGGAGACCGGUGACAGGAAUUAUGCAAUCGGUUAUUACCUCAAAGAGAAAAGGUGCUUUCCUGACAAUGCAGACAUGACUGCAGCCCUCGACUUCUACUUUCAGUUGUGCUCCAUUGAGGUGACCUGCGAGUCAGGAAGUGUCAUGGCUGCCACACUGGCCAAUGGCGGUAUCUGUCCAAUCACAGGCGAGCGUGUGCUGAGCGCUGAAGCGGUUCGCAACACCCUGAGUCUCAUGCAUUCCUGUGGCAUGUACGACUUCUCAGGACAGUUUGCUUUCCAUGUGGGCUUGCCGGCUAAAUCUGGAGUUUCAGGUGCUGUGGUGCUGGUGGUCCCCAACGUCAUGGGUAUGAUGUGUUGGUCCCCCCCGCUGGACCGUCUUGGGAACAGUGUUCGUGGAAUUCACUUCUGUCAGGAUCUGGUGUCAUACUUCAACUUCCACAAUUACGACAACCUGAGGCACUUCACUAAGAAACACGACCCCAGAAGAAGAUCGGAUGAUGAUCCAAACAAGUCGGUGGUGAAACUGAUGUUUGCAGCGUACAGUGGAGACGUCACAGCUCUCAGGAGGUUUGCCCUUUCAGCUGUGAACAUGGAGCAGAGGGACUACGACUCUCGCACGGCGCUCCACAUCGCUGCAGCUGAAGGUCAUUUGGAAGCUAUACUUUUCCUGACUGAAAUAUGUAAAGUCAACCCCCACAUGAAAGACAGAUGGGGGAACACGCCCCUGGACGAUGCCCUGCAGUUUGGCCAUGAUGUCAUUGUCUCAGUCUUGCAAGAGUACCAGCGUGUUUGCCCUGACGCAGACGCCCCUUGUGAAGCAGAGGAGCAGAAGACUACACUGGAUACGCUGAAGAGCAUUGUGUAAACCACGGGGGAUCAUAAGGGCUUGUUAUGCAAAUCCAGUUUAUUACGCACCUAUGAGGAGUGAAAGAACAGGAUGAGAGAGGGAAGUCAUGAAUGAGUGUGUUUAUCUCCUUUGGACUGUUGAAAAGAUGCAGAAUUAAAUUCCCUCGUGCAUUGCUGCUGACUCGGGGAUUGGUCAACAAUGUUAAUCAGCGAACACACAUGCAAUGUGUUGCCAUAAAAGAUUAUAUCUUAUAGUAUUUGAAGGGCGGUGUGGCCUGGGGGGUAGAGUGGGCGUUCUCCAACAAGAGUGUUGCCGGUUCAAUCCCCACUCUUCCCCAUCUGCAUGCCGAAGUGUCCUUUGCAAGAUACUGAACCCCUAAAUGGCCCCUCAUAAAUGUUGAGUGUACUAAAAAAAUGUAAGUCGCUUUGGACAAAAGCGUCAGCUAAAUGACGUGUAAUGUAAUAUCAAAUCACUCUAUGAUUUGUCACGGUGCAAUAAUAGCUAGAAUGGCACUCACACCUCCACCAAGACCCAACAGUUCCCUUAUGAGACCACAUAAAACUUCACUAGUUCUUGAUUCCUCCCUGACUCAUACAGCAUCCUUAAUCCAAGUUUUGUGGAAAACCGUCCUGUUAUUUUUACACAAUCCUGCUAAUUAACGAAUGCCGAUGAAAACCUUUACCUUAGCUUCUGAUGUAAAUAUGAAAAAAUAUUUUUUGCUUAUUUGUGGGCUUUAUUUUGUUUCAUUUUUUAUUUAAUUGAGGGAUUUCUGGCCCUGCAUCUUGUGCAAUAUGUGUAUAGAUAUUCCUAAAGUUUUCUCAAUUCUUCUACCUCAACAUGAGGUGAUUCAGUCGCGUUUGUGCCUCAACACCGAAACAUCAGGUUAUCAGGGUAUUUGCUGACAGCUCAUUGAGGCUCACAGGCCCGUCUACUCACUGCUGAUACCUCGUCGUGUUUGUGUCAGUUGUUUUCUUCCUGGAUGAAUCAUUCUUACAACAUGCAUUGUGAGUUUGUUUUAUUGCAAAAUGUAUAAUUAAAUUAUAAUCUGUGCAAAUGAGUAUUUCCAACUGGACACAGUUGAGUUUGAAGUAAUAAGUUUUUGAAAAAAGCAAAAUUGAAAAACAUUUUUAGCACAUAACCAAGUCUUGUGCUAAAAACAUAUUAUACAGUUGAAUCAUCUGCAAUGAGCGCAUUUUAUUCACAGUAACUUAACUGCAGCAAAGAGAUGAUUCCUCAGCAUGACAUGAGCUUUAUUCUGUCGCUGUAAAUAUGUAUUUUCCUGCUGUAAAUAAAAGGGAUUGUGAAAGUA